CGCAUUGAGAUCUGUGGCUUCCACGUCAUCACCUGUUCGAACGCCGUGUAGUGCGUAUAUACUGGAGCCAUAGGUAAACUAAAACGUUUGCAUUUUACUAUCUUGUUUCCAUCUACUCCAAACUCAUCCAUUCGUUUACACCAAAUGAUAGUGAAUCUUAUCGGUUUACUCGCGGCGGGGGCGUUUGCCAACUCGCUCCCGCCCUCAUCGCCCGCGAUUACAACUCCAAUUGCAUGCGCCCCAGGAGUCUCGGCCGGAGCUGGAGGAUGCGUUAUCCCAGUAAGUCCUACCAAGACAUGCGAUUGGCCGGACGCGACCAUGGACUGGAAAGGGAAUUGCAUAUGCCUCCCCGGAUGGGGUACUGGUACGGACGGCAGAUGUACACAAACUGCAGCUACCAUUCCGACACCUUCGGCAACACCAUGCGCCUUCGACAAUUAUGGUUAUUGUAUCUGCCCGUACGAGUAUUCGACAGACCUCGAAGACAAGAUGUGCUACCCGCCAUGUCCUAAUCGAAGCUUCAUCAGGGGCAAGCAUGGACAAUGCGUCUGUCCUCCUAGGGCCACAAUCGACUACCGCUCAAAUUGUAUCCAAGCAUCCGGUUGCCCGAAUCCCAGUAUGACUAGAGACCCUAGCGGAAGUUGUCAAUGCCCACCUCCUGCCACUGCUGAUUACCGUGGGGUCUGCAUUACGCCUUAUCCAUGUCCGACUGGAAUGACGAGGGACCAUAACAAUUACUGCCAGUGCAGUCCGCCAUAUUCAACGAAUUACCGUGGAUCCUGCACUUCGUCGCCAUGCCCAAAUCCCCAGAUGACAAGAGAUUACAUGGGUAGUUGUAAUUGCCCAGGAGGCCAAUCAACCGACUAUCGCGGUAACUGCGGAACUCCCUGUCCCCAACCGACCCUUAUGACUCAUGACUACCGGGGCAAUUGCCAAUGUAUUUCGGGAUAUACUACAGAUUAUAGAGGCCACUGUACAACAACUGGAACUCCCUGUCCCGAGCCGACCCUUAUGACCCACGACUACCGAGGCAACUGUCAAUGUAUUACGGGAUAUACUACAGAUUAUAGAGGCCACUGUACAGCAACUGGGACUCCCUGUCCUGAGCCGACCCUUAUGACCCACGACUACCGAGGCAACUGCCAAUGUAUUACGGGAUAUACUACAGAUUAUAGAGGCCAUUGUACAACGACUGGAACUCCAUGUCCUGAGCCGACACUUAUGACCCAUGACUACCGGGGCAACUGCCAAUGUAUUACGGGAUACACUACAGACUACCGAGGCCAUUGUACAACAACAGGAACUCCGUGUCCAGAACCCACCCUUCAGACAAGAGAUUAUCGUGGCCUCUGCCAAUGCAUCGAUGGAUAUACCACUGAUUACCGUGGCCACUGCUAUCCCGCCCAAACCCCAUGUCCCACUCAUCAGACCAAGGACUACCGCAAUAUCUGCCGCUGCGAAUCAGGCUACACAACGGAUUACCGCGGUAACUGCUGGCCGUCUACGACUCCAUGCCCGGAGCCCACCCUUCAGACGAGAGAUUAUCGGGGUGUUUGUCAGUGCAGAGAAGGCUAUACUAGCGACUACCGUGGGCAUUGCUACCACACCCCUUGCCCCACGCUUCAAACAGUCAAUACAUAUGGAGCUUGCGACUGUAUCUCAGGCUACACCACUGACGACAAUGGGCACUGCUCUACGGUCAUCACGGGCCCUUGUCCUCAACCAACUGCAAUGACGAAAGACUACCGCGGAAUCUGUCGCUGCAUUACGCCGGGGUAUACGACCGACACUGGGACUCAUUGCGCUCCUACACAACGCCCUGGGUGUUGGGAACCUGAUCGCAUGACACAACUUCCCAACGGCGGCUGCGUAUGCAUUUCUGGAUAUACCAUGAUGGGAUCAGCUCGACCACACUGCGUCCAAGUUACUCCUUACUGCCCCGAUCCGGCCAUGACGACUGAUUAUAGAGGACACUGUUGGUGUCCCCCGCCGCUCGUUAUGUCUGACAGUCACUGCAUCACUACAAGCCCCUUGGUCACGCCUACUCCCUGUGGAGGUACGAUUACGAAAUCCUGUCCGACUGGCGCGAGUUGUAAGCCUACUGUUCCUUGCGGAGAGAAUGCUCCAUGCCCGGGAACGUGUGAGUACUUCGGCGCGCCGACAACGACUUCGUAUACUCCAACUCAAUGUGGACCCAAAAUUUUCCCCUCUUGUCCAACGGGAAUGACUUGUGAGCCUACUGUCUCAUGUGGAGAGCACGACUCGCAUUGUCCUGGCACGUGUAAGGGACGUGGUGCACCGACGUUCACGAGUACGGAGCCGCCGCUUCCGACUCCGAAGAAUAAAUGCUUGCUCCAAUGCAUCCUCCAAUCAUCCUUCCACCACCCAUCUGAGCUCUGUUCCGAACACGGGAAAAAGCUCAUGCUAAGCUGCCAUGUAACGAACUGUAAACACGACAAAGACUUCUUCAUCGAGCUCUUCGGCAUCUGCCAACCUGAACCCUUCACCAUCACCCCAACCACCUACUCGUCCCCCGAAUCUCCCACCUGUCUCGAUUCCGGCUGUAUUGCUCCAACGACAACACCAGGAGAAGUCACGGUCACUAUCACCACGAUUGAGACUUUGACAUACUGUCCUAAGAAGACGAAAUGCCAUGGGCAAACAGUAACAUGGACGCUAACAGAAGGCCCAACGUCCUGCCCUGAUACGAAGACUUGUACAUGUGUUCUGCCGUCCACAAUCACUGUUAUCGAAACCCUGCCCACAUGUCCCGCGAGCGUGACAUGCACGGGACAAACGACAAUCUGGACGAGCACCGAGGGUCCAAGUAGCUGUGAGGGAACUUGUACGGCGGUUUUGCCAAGUGAAAGCGUGCCAAUUGUGCUAGUACCGAGCCAGACAGCGACGGUGAGUGAAUUUUUGGGGAUUGCGGGGUUGGUAAGACCGGGCGUGGUCGAGGGCGUGGUUGUGGCGGUUGCGGGGUGGGCUUGGUUUAUGUUGUAAGGAGAUGUGCUGUGCGAAGUAGGAAUUCGACGGGUGGGAUGGUGAAAUUGAAACAACCUUUUCCAGUGAUGUUUUAAGGGUUGCGCAUAACUGGACCGGAGUCUAUAACCUUCCUUAGGGAAUAGGAUGGAUGGAAUGACAAGAGAUGAUCGGAAUUCGGGUUUGAAAUGGAUGGACGAUAUGAUGGAUGGUAAAAAGAAGGAACCUGUUACAGCGGUUGCGGAAGUUCGGAUUGGCAUAUGUGAUUCAAGUCUGAUGGUUUCGGGGGUGAUUGAUGACAAACUUACGCUCCUUAGAUGUAGUUAAUCGUAAUGUUUUAUGUGCCUAAGUCUCUCCUACAACUUACAUUCCAUUUGGUCAUCGAUCACCCAGAACCACUAACAUACCUUUGACUAUCUCCAUA